CAACAAUUAAGCCCACUCCUACAGUUCACCUUUCUCCUCACUCCUUUUACCAAAUCCUCUAUUCUCUUCAUCCUUUCAUUCUCAAAGAGAUAAAAAAAAAUGGGUAGCAUUGAAUCUGAAAGAACAACAGUAGGAUGGGCAGCAACAGACCCUUCAGGGAUUCUCUCCCCAUACACCUUCACUUUAAGAAACACAGGCCCUGAUGAUGUUUACAUCAAAGUUCACUACUGUGGAAUUUGCCAUUCCGAUCUCCACCAGAUUAAGAACGAUCUUGGCAUGUCCAACUAUCCCAUGGUUCCUGGACAUGAAGUGGUUGGCGAGGUACUCGAGGUGGGGCCUAACGUUAGCAGGUUCAAAGUGGGAGAAAUUGUUGGGGUUGGACUCUUGGUAGGUUCCUGCAAAAACUGCAGGCCAUGUCAAUCAGACAUUGAGCAAUACUGCAACAAGAAGAUCUGGUCUUACAACGAUGUUUAUAUCGAUGGAAAGCCCACCCAGGGUGGUUUUGCCGAAACCAUGAUCGUUGAGCAAAAGUUUGUGGUGAAAAUACCAGAGGGUAUGGAACCGGAGCAAGUGGCACCGUUGUUGUGUGCGGGUGUGACUGUGUACAGUCCGUUGGCACAUUUUGGGCUGAGAGGAAGUGGGCUUAGGGGUGGAAUAUUGGGCCUUGGAGGAGUGGGGCACAUGGGGGUGAAAAUAGCAAAGGCACUUGGGCAUCAUGUGAGUGUGAUAAGCUCUUCUGAUAAGAAGAAACAGGAGGCCCUAGAACACCUUGGAGCAGAUCAAUAUCUUGUUAGCUCUGAUGCCACUGCCAUGCAGGAAGCUGGUGAUUCACUUGACUACAUAAUUGACACAGUGCCUGUGGGUCACCCUCUUGAGCCUUAUCUCUCAUUGCUAAAACUUGAUGGCAAGUUGAUCUUGAUGGGGGUCAUCAACACGCCUUUGCAAUUCGUUAGCCCCAUGGUUAUGCUAGGGAGGAAAUCAAUCACUGGAAGCUUCAUUGGGAGCAUAAAGGAGACAGAGGAGAUGUUGGAGUUCUGGAAAGAGAAGGGUCUGCGUUCUAUGAUUGAAAUGGUAAAAAUGGAUUACGUUAACAAAGCAUUGGAGAGGUUGGAGAAGAACGACGUGAGAUAUAGGUUUGUGGUGGAUGUCAAAGGAAGCAAACUAGUGGAUGAGUAGAAAACAUCAUCAAGAAUCUAUUGUUGACAAACUAAAGUCGUGUUUGUUUACUAAAAAGUGGUCUAUUUUCCCUGUUUUGGUUUCACGCCGCUGUUGAAUAUUUUAUACUGUGGAAAGUAAAAGCUACCAAACUUGUAUCGUUUUGUUUUGUUGCGUAGUGCGUACAAUGAUAUUAUUUCUUUCACCAUUUUAAUUUUAA